AUGCAAAUCGUCGCAGGUAUCUUCAUCAUGGCUGCCCUCGCAUCCAGCGAGCUUGAUUGGAGCAAGAUUACUCUCGAGCCCGCAACGACUCCCAUACCAACUGCAUCUGGUGGCCUGGACCUGUCCGGCAUCGUCCUUGACGGUCCAGGCACCACAUCAGCCGCAGUUGGCAUCGACUUGUCAGGCUACACCCUCGAGCCGCCGGAGAGUGAUACUCCUGCGGCCGCAGACCUGGACUGGUCCAGUGUCAGCCCCGAGGUAACGACAAGUCCGACAACUAUGGCUCCUGAGUCAGAAGCUGCGGAGAAUGUCGGAGAUCUCCCAACUGGCAAUGCCUGUAUGGCUAGCACAGGGUGGCCAGCAGAGCUAGUUGGGGUUCUCAUCGCGAUCAGCCUACUUGGGUUGAUCGCCAACUGCGUGCAACUCCACCUCCUAAAGAAGGUCAUGAACAGGACGCUGGCCGGGGAGGAGGGCGACAUCGAGAUGGGGGACAGAUACCGGACCCAAAAAGGGGCAGAGGAAUCGGUGAAGGAGGUUAAGGACGACUUUUAA